AUGAACCACCAUCAUACUACUAAGGGCUCGGCCCUUUGCGGCUUGACGAUUUUCCAUACUCGGCACAAGGGACCUGAGAAGAAUCGACUGUUGAAGCCGGACGAGCCAAGUCAGUGA